CUUCCUAAAACAGAGAAGGUCUGCGGACUGUUAUUACCGGGUAGAGUACACAGAGUCACCCCGUGGUCACUUGUGAUAUCAACAAGAGUUACUUCCUUUUAACACUCGGCUUUUUAUUGUUAUUUUAAAGUAGCGUGUUGGUGUGUCCGCAUCACCAUGGUCGGACUCAAUGGUCGGUAGGUAGCGUUAUGUUUCCUCUGCGGGGUUUCUUUUAUCCGGGCUAAAUAAACCACAAUAGUCGGAACACAGUUAAUGUAACGUUAGCUAGCGCUCGUGACGCAACAUGCAGCGGUUGUUUCAAUAUUUGUAACUUUGUGUUCGUCUGUUGUCAUCCACAUUAUGUUCCUUCAACCGACUUUCUAAACUCAGAGAGAGAGACAGAGAGGAAUGUGUGAGCCUCAACAGCUAGUUAAUUAAUUGUUACAAAGGAGUGGUUCGUUAAUUAAUGAUAGCUGCUACCCGGUUCUUCUUCACUGAGGCCAUAGGAACCAUCAAAGAAAGAUUAAGGAAACAGCUGGGGCACAAAAGAGGGAGGUUAGUGUACAAAUUAACGUCUUUACUCGACGACUAGAUCAAUGUAAGAUGUUUAUAGCAUUGAUUUGUCAAAGUGAUAAACCAGUAAACAACUGUUUGGGUAUCUGCUGUGGUUAGAACGCUUUAGCCAGUACUAAUGAGUGCUUUAUAGACUAUUCAUGCAUCACAUGUCUCAUGAGGAUUCUUAUUCAGUCGCCUAAAAAUAUCAUCUGGACUCACCAAAACGCAGUAACCAAUUUCUGCAAUUCUCAUUGUGACCGUUCGGCAGUAAAUACAGGUGAGAUGGAAGAAGCCAAGGCGUCGUGCCUUAACAUCCUCACCUACCACAGGGAGCUGCUGGUAUCCCGGCUGAGGAGUCUUCAAUGCAUCCUGGACAACCUGCUGGCCUGCGGCUUCGUCUGUGAAGAAGAUGUUGAGAUCGUACAGCGAUCUGCCACCAAGACAGAUCAGGUGCGCAAAAUCUUGGAGCUAGUCCAGUGCAAAGGGGAGGAGGCCUGUGAGUACUUGAUUUACAUCAUCUAUAAAGUAUGUGACGCAUACAUAGACUUCCAGCCGUGGUUGAGAGAGAUCAACUACACCCCGAGCAGUGAUGUAACGGCGAUGACGGUGGUUAACACCGACCCCAUCAGCAGGUAUUGUGAGAAGUUAAGGCAUGAGAUGAGCCGGGACACCUGCUUCAUCAUGUCAUAUGGCCAGCGAGAGGAGACCCGCCUGGAGGACCUAUACACUGACACACAGAUGGAACUGCUGAACGACUGCAAUGAAAGUUUGGGCUUCUUGGAGAGUCUGGACCAGCUCCUAGGAGACCAUGCGGUCUUCAAUCCCCAAGGUGAAACCAUCUAUGUGAUGGGGGAUGCCGGUGUGGGAAAAUCCAUCCUCCUGCAGAAGCUCCAGAACCUCUGGUCCAAGAAGGACCUGCAGACGGACGCCAUCUUCUUCUUUAAGUUCCGCUGCAGGAUGUUCAGCAUCUUCAAGGACACAGAUCAGAUCUCCCUCAGAGACCUUUUGUUCAAAUACAACUGCUACCCAGAUCACGAUCCAGAUAAUGAGGUGUUUGACUACAUCCUGCGCUUCCCGGAGAAGGUUCUUUUUACAUUUGAUGGCUAUGAUGAGAUCCAGAUCAAUGACCUGAUUAAUGCUCCUGAAGUGGUGUCACCAGAAGUCAAGGCACACCCCGUCCAGCUGCUCAUCAGCUUGCUUUGUGGGAAACUACUCAAGGGCUCCCAGAAGGUGCUGACGGCCCGGACGGGGACCGAGAUCCAGAGCAGGGUGAUCAGAAAGAAGCUGACUCUGCGGGGGUUCUCCCCGGCUCAUCUCAAGACCUACAUUGAUCUUCACUUCAAGGAGCAGGAGCACCGAGAUCUGGUGUCUGUUCAGCUGGAUGCCAGCCCCCACCUCUGUGGCCUCUGCUCCACCCCGCUGUUCUGCUGGAUUGUACUGAAGAGCUUCAGGCACCUGCACACCAUGCACGACAGCUUUUAUCUGCCUGAAACCUGCAUCACACUCACGGACAUCUUCCUCCUGCUGUCUGAGGUGUUCCUCAGCCGCUCGGGCUCACCUGCGCCGUCUCUCCUGAAGAAAAGCACUCGGUGCGUCUCAGAGACAUUCAAAGCGGGGCUCAGGCCUCUCACAGCAUUUGCCAAACUGGCCCUUCAGGGUAUGGAGAGCGGUAGCUUCAUUUACAGCCAGGAGGAGAUCACUGAGUGUGGCCUGGCAGAGGAGGACCUGACCAUGGGCUUUCUCAGACCCAUCAGUGAGUAUGAUGCCAGUGGGAGCCCCGCUACAUUUGAAGUCCUCCAUGUCAUCCUCCAGUCUUUCCUGGCGGCGUUUGCUCUGGUGUUAGAUGAGCAGGCUGCUGCCGCCUCCAUCCUCAAGUUCUUUGCAGAGUGCAGCAGGAAAAGAGAGCCGUCCUGUCUGCCGUUUGACCCCUGCAACUGUGGCUCCUCGAAGUCCAACGAAAAUACGCCAUUUGAAACGAAUGAACACCUCCAGUUCACUAAUCUCUUCUUGUGUGGACUGCUGUCCAAGGCUCACGCUGGCCUGAUGGAGCACCUGGUGUGUCCUGUGUUACUGAAGAAAAAACGGGCCUUGCUGAAAUCCUACCUCUCCACCAGUGUAAAGUACCACCUCACUGGCUUACCCCACUACAACAGCGGGGAGGGCAGGAAAGUUCACGUUUUGCCCAACUUCCUGUGGAUGCUGAGGUGCAUCUUUGAGACAGGCAGCAAAGACAUCGCUCAGAUGACAGCGAAAGGCAUCACAGCCGGCUUCAUCAAGCUGGGUUACUGCAAUGUGUUCUCAGGGGACUGCACCGCCCUGAACUUUGUACUGCAGCACCGUCGGAGGCUCCUGGGCCUUGACAUGGACAACAACAACAUCAGUGACUAUGGGGUGAAGCAGCUGAGGCCCUCCUUCUGCAAGAUGACAGUAGUGAGAUUGUGUGUCAACCACCUGUCUGACAGCAGCAUCGAGGUUCUUGCAGAGGAGCUGUGUAAGCACAAAGUCGUGGAGGUCUUAGGGCUUUACAACAAUUACAUCACAGAUGUUGGAGCCAAGCUCAUUGCUCAGAUAAUUGAGGAAUGCCCAAAGCUGCGAGUUGUCAAGAUUGGGAAAAACCAGAUCACUAGUGUUGGUGGGAGGCAUUUGGCCAGCGGCAUACAGAAGAGCACUUCUAUAUUUGAUGUGGGAAUGUGGGGGAACAGCAUUGGCGAUGAGGGAGCAGAGGCAUUUGCGGAAGCUCUGAGGCACCACCCGAGACUUACCAACCUCAGUCUCUCAGCCAAUGGCAUCACGUCUAAAGGUGGGAGGUGCCUGGCAGAAGCGCUGAAAGAGAACAGCGUCCUCAGGAUAUUCUGGUUGGUGCAGAAUGAGUUGACUGACGAUGCAGCUCCACUCUUGGCUGAGUUGGUCCAAGCGAACACAGGUUUAAGCCACCUCUGGUUAAUCAACAAUCAGUUCACUGUGGAUGGGAUCAAAAACCUCGCUGCAGGCCUUACCAACAACACAGCACUCAAAGAGAUAUGUGUGAAAGGAAACCAGCUCUCUGAGGAGGAAGAGAAACUGUUUGUGGAAGAGAAAAGGCUGCGGUUCCACUGACUGGGCAGUGCCGUGAGACAAGCAUGUGCUGAAUAAUGUCCGUAUGAAAAGACAAAGUGUGUUCACUGUAUGCACAGUGUCACCAAGCUGACACAGCAUGGUGUAUGAUUUCACCUGGGUGCAACUGUUUGGCUGUGGGCAAAAAGUCUGACUAUAAUGGAAAUACCGUGUAUGUACGCAUCACAUUGUUCAUUGUUGAUGAAAACAGUCUGUUUCAUGUUCGUGUAGAAGAUGUUUACUGUGAAAUUUCGACCAAAUAUUUGACAGCCGACAUGACUGAAAAAAGGAAGUGAAAACAAACCACCGGCUUCCUUCUCCGUGAACCCUUUCAUAAACUUUAGGUGCAUGUUUUUAUUUGUAUGCAUUUAUAAACAUAACUAUUAUAUUUAUUAUGUGACUAGUUUUCCACAGAGCUGAUGGGAUGUGUUGAGGUGUACAUUAGUGUGAGAGUGACUGAUGUUUACUGUCUGUGCAGAGAUAUACAGAUACCCUUUGGCAACUGGAUGCCAAUAAGAAUGUAUUCGGUUGCAUGACAUCAGUGUAUAAAUGUGUUCUGAUGGACUCUUGAGAGGGAAAAGGCUGAUGGCCUCUGGUCAACGAGGACAAAACAUGGAGCUUGGUUCAAUAAAGAAGACUGCUCUCCU